GUCGUAUUCGUCGUCUUCGUCGUCGUUGUUAUUGUCGUUGUCGUUGUCGUCGCGUCAUUCCGCGCCACUCGCCGAUUUGUUUUGACAUGUGUGUGCUCUGCCAUAUUGGAUUAUCACGUCGUAUUUUAAGGGCUAAACAGGCGCGAGUUUCGCGCUAAAAAGGUUGGGGGCGAUCAAUGCCCGAUGGCGUGGACUGGAACGCAACGCUGGAGAAAUCCUGCUCCAGAAGGUGACGAUGUGCAACGAUCGAUCGAGCUGCUGGACAAAGUGCUCUCAGAGUACGACGAGCACGAAGCAGAGGGCGAAGGUGGUGGAGGCGGUGUCGGCGUCGGCAGUGGCUGUGGCGGUGGCGGUGGCGGUAGUGGUGGCGGGAGCGGCGGAGGUGUCGGGGACUGUGGCAGCAGCACGGAACCGAGUAUCGGCCUUACACCCGACGACGAAAGUCCGUCCUUAGGACACCAAUCCGAGGACGACGGUUACAUGAGUAUGAAUGGACGAAAAGCGAAGAUGGCCUUGUUAGCGCUGCGUCCUGUCCCAGACUGUCCAGAACCACAGGAACUAGCGGGGAUAUCUGGACAAGAAUUUCCGCCACCGCCGGAAGAAGCCGAACGAAUCAUUUCCACCUUGUUGCCGAUGGUAUCACCAGGGAACUCUUCCAAGAGAUCCAGCCAUUCGUCGGCUCGUCGAAGCGGACGACAACAGUGGGUGAUGGCUAUGGAGGAUAGCAUACGACGCGGGAACGGUAGCGUGAUUACGACUCAAACGACCCUCCCCAAGACGCGACACCAGAGACCGUACGGAUGGGAAAACGGCAAGGAGCCUCACAAGCUGCCCGAUCCUCCCAGCCCUCCCAGCAAAUUCGCCAGUCUACCCUACGAUGCCAAAGUGUCCUUCGGUUGGAUCCCGCCGAGAACCAAUCCGACAGCCGUCGAGAAGCAUCGCGAAGUGAGGCGCCGAUGUUCCGAUGAGGAGGGACUCGAUCGCGACAACAAACACCAUAGGCAGAGCUUCGACAAGGAAAGAACAUCCUCGUCGUCGCACCUCAGAAAGCAAGAACGCCAGAGCAACGAGAUCAUGAAAUCGAGCAGCGUCGAGGACAGACUGCUGAUGAACCACGGGCAAACCGAGCAGAAUGGCAAACGAAGAAGGAACGACUCUGAUUCCAGCGAAGGUAGAUUCUCGAGAAACUCCGAGAGCGAGAGAUCCUCGAUACCCAGAUCGAGCUCCGUCAGCGUCGAGAGGUUCUCGAUGCGAGCAACCUGUGGCUCGUCCGAUUUCUCCAGGAACUCCACCUCGAACGAACGAUUUCACUCGGACUUCUCGAUAGCUGUGGCCAGCGCCAGCUCCAACGAUCGAGUCUCCGUACCGACCUCCGAUCCUUUUUCCAUCAGAAACCUAGACUUUGUCUCGUACUCUCUGCCAACCAGAGCCGACUCCAGCGAGAGAUUCUCCGCUCCAACGUCGGACAGGUGUUCGGAGGAACGUUACUCGGACAUGUUCUCCACGAGGAACUCGGACUUUUCGACCCGAAAUUCGACCGAUUUUAGAACUCAGUCCGAGGAGGAGCGGUUCUCCGAUGACUCGUUGGAGGAACUUUUGCCUCCUCCGCCUCCCCUGAGCAAGAGGCACUCGAUUGCCUGGGAGGUGCCGCUCGAAGACGAUCCCCUUUACGCUCCAGGGAGCACCAAGGUGAUCGGUAGGAGGCGACGUAAGAGCAGCGACGUGUCCAGCGUUGGAUCGGCGUCGAAGCUUCGCGACUUCGACGACUGGCAGGAUCCACGGCUGUCCACCACCGACGACGAUCUAGUCUCCCCGUACUCGGACUCCUCGACGAAUGACCUCGAUCAAAUACGGCCUCAAGACUUGACAAAGAACGGUACCUACGUGAUACGACGCGGUCGAAAGAAGGAACGAAAAGGUCUACCGAAAGCCCCUACAAAAACCAAGAGUUUGUCCUUCGAGAACGGCGAGGAGAAUCGAUGCUUAUCGGACGUGAAAAGAUACUCGAGCACCUUCGACAAUAUCAGGAGUCUUCUCAGAGAGAGCAAAAUGGACGAACCCAUGGACGACGAUUCGGCGUUGGUAUAUAUGCCAACGGUUCCACCCGAUUUGGUCAGAGUACUCUCGCUUCCAGCCGUGAAUAACGACGAGACGGCAAACAGGGGGGCGAGGGAGUUGGAAGUGACCGUUGAAGAGGAAGAGAGUUGUUCGGAUCUUUCCGAUAACAAGGAGAAGAAGUCGCGGGAAAUGAUGGAGACGAUGUCGGUUUCGUUGUCGAACGACAAAAAUACUACUACUACCGCUAUUUCCACGGAAAAAGGCCGAGAGGGCAACCAAGGCUCUAGCUACUCUGGCACGUGCAACGGAGUAAUCUCUCUUUCAGCCUCGAACAGCUACUCCAAGGGUUUCGCGUACACGGAAGAGCCAGGAGGCCCGAGGAAGUCUCCGAUACCCAGUCUCGCGAGCAAGAUUCCGGUGAAUCUGCUGAUAGAAGACCAGAUCGUGAAGAAAGCUUUGAAAGAGAACCGUCGACAACUGGAGAAAGUCAGCGACGCUAUUAAAGAGAUCGAGAGCGUGAAAAACAGCGAGCAACGAUGGGCGAAGCAACCGUUAUCCAAGAGGAGCAGCCUCGAGAGCGAAUCGAACGAGCGAAAAGGUUUCGAUAACGUGGAUGCUCGACAGAAGAAGCAGCAACACCAACACCCUGAUUCCGAUGAACUAGACUCGGAGGAUACCGGGUCCAAGAGCAGCCCUGAUGAAACGACCGAUUUCGAUGGGAGACGAACCAACGGGACGGACGCCUACUCUUCUGGGAAGAGAUUGCGACAGAAUGGCGUCGAUGGGCAUAAAAACGAUCAGAAGCAGAUCGAGAACGUGAUCGACGCCAUUCUAGAGGACUCGAAAAAUCCAGACUUUCAGGUAAGUGUUCAAGUUCUCGAGUUUCCCCCAUUACCACCGUCACCUGUAGAGGAGGCAGACGAGGAGAGUUCAGACAUUGGUCAGGGUAACGCGGUUAUCGCCCAAAAGCCUAAAAAUCAUAGUAAUCGAACGAUGGAGUACAGGCCUAGGGUACCACCUCACCGUGGACCUGCUAAUCAUUCCCUACCCGAUUCCAAGGAUCAACAGACGUCUUUAAAUACCCGAUCAAUGGACGCGGGAAUCUCUCGGGGCAAAAGAACGCCGCCAACUGCUACCAAUUCCAGGCGAGGAGAGCAAAUACCGGUAGAACGAAGAACUUUGCCCACGGACUUGCCAGGACCUUCACGACGGCGACCCUUCACCAAGAGGCACUCACCGUCGGCGGAACCGUGCUCCUCUACUGGAAACGGCGCGUGUUCUGGGACUGUCACGUCUAACGGAGCCAACAACGGAACUUCCAACAUCAGUGGUACAGGAGGAACCGCAGGGAACGUGGCAACCGGUACCAGCGGCAUGCAAACCUCCUGCUCGCUUCCAGAAACUCCCGUCUUCGCCAGAGGAAGUGACAUUCCGAGAACACCUCAACAUGCGAGCAAUCCCACGCAGAUGCGUCGACAACCUGGCUGGUACGCCCCGACCACGGCUACCACCGGGUACCGAAGGAACAACCCCGGUCUGGAACAGGCGAUAAUCGGCACGGAGCUGUUGCGAUUAGCCGGCGGCCCGAACCGCGGAUGGUACCCGACGAGGAAGGCGAAUCAACCGCGACCGGCUUCGAUCGAGCACCUCGAACGACUGAACAACGCGUACGAUCCACGAUUACCGGCCUCCGGGGAUCAGCGGAAACCUCUCACUCUACCGACAAACAUCACACCGAACAAAUACUUCGGCCAAAGUAAGCACAGCUCCGCCUCCAGCACUCGCGAGGCGCUACGGAGGGUCACUAGCUUGCUCAUCAAGAAAGGAAGCAGCGGAAGCAAGGAUGGCAAGGGUGGAAAGGACAACGCGUCGCCUUGCGGCCCUUACGCCGCGGCAGAAUGCGGGGACGCGCCUAAGAAGAAAGGGUUCUUCAAGGGUUUUUGGAAGAGGUCGCGUCACUACUCGCUGGAGAACCAAUAGCCCAGGUUAGGCGGCAGGGUAACAGGCCAGCAACGACAGAGACACUCCGGGCCGCGGCCACAAAACCACCACCACCACCACCACCAUCACCAUUCCAGGGAAGAACGCGUCGCAAACACCGCCCUGACGCACGGUGCUUGCUGCUGCAUCGUCCAGUAGCCUCGGUCCAGCUUCGUGCCAGUAUUAUCACCAGCUACCACCACGUUCGCGACCUCGUUCCUCGCGUCCAUUUUAUUCCGGCCUCCAGCCAACAAGAGCUGCGUCACAGCCCGUGGGUAAAAAUCUUUUUUCGGUAUUUUUUGCGUUUUCCGGUCCUCCUCCUCUCUCGUUUCACCGCUUUACUUCUCCCUUUCGUUUUCAUUUUCGUUCUCGUUAUCUCGUACCCUGCCCCCCUUUUUUCUUACGUUUCGCGACGCGAGCAAUCUUCAGAGCGCGAACUAACGAAAGGAAAGAAAAGAAGAAGAAAAAAAACACAAACUCCUCCUCCUCCUCUUUUUCUCUUUCACCGCAACACCGACCGGCGCGAUUCUCGAUCGUUUAUCGAAUCCGAGAGGUAUCGAUGAUUUAUCGCGAGCUUGUUUGGCACGGCUAUUGCCCGAAGGCACGAUGCGAUGCUCGAUGAAAUUCGAUCGAACGGAACCUUUGCUUUGCAGAGAUUCUCACCGAUUAAGUCGUAAUUGUCUGUGUCGUUCGAGGGUGGAAGGUUAGAUCGGUCGCACAUGGUGGUUCCUCGAUCUUCGAUCAGACGCGCUGAAAACCGAGUAAAAGUUUCUUUUCCAUCUUUCUUCUGUGCGUAUCCGACACACGCGUGAUGAACACGUUUAUAGAAAGGGUGGAAGAGAGGGAGAGAGUGAGUGAGCGAGUGAAUGCGUGCGUGUGUGUGUGAGGGAGAGAAAGAGUGAGAGCGAGUAAUAAAGUAUAAGCUAUCCUGUACUGCGAGUACUCGACUAUUUAAUACGUACAUACUCUGGACGGCGGAGUUAUAUGACAAGAGGAGUCCAUCAUUUUAUCAAUCGAUUGUGUUAUCAGAUUAAUUUUUCGUCCUCGACGUCCUCGUCGUCGUCGUCGUCGUCAUUAUCUUUGCCACUUAUGUUUGUUAUUGUCGCACCCAUUAGCAUUAUCGUUGUCAUCCUCAUCGUUAUUUAUUUAAUAUUGUUACUACUAUUGCCAUCAUCGUCAUCAUCAUCAUCAUCAUCAUCAUCAU